UCAAGGCCACACCUUGUGAUUUAAUCACCAACUCAACAAUCAACUUUUUUCCGUCCGUUUUCAUUUUGUUGUUCCUGAUACCCGCAUCUAUCGCGCGCAGUUUUUGCAUUGAUCUGUCCAACCCAGAUCUAAUUUUCGCGUCUGCUAGGGCUCAUCGCGUCCAACCACAAUUGUUGGAGGAUAUCUUUCUCCCUUCCCUUCACCAGCCUUGCCAGUAACUGCCGCCUGGAGGCAUUGCUUCUCCUUGUUUGCGACGCGUCGCACAGCUCUCGUCCAAGCCAGUCCGGCCCUUAUCAACCCUUAUCGACCCUUAUCGCAUCCCGGAUAAGACCUAACCGUCUUAUCUCCACGUGAUCAUUGUUUUCCAAAUAUGGUAACUCCGCCUCCAGAAGCCACGGCGCUGGAGGACAAAGUCAAACUCCUCCCGGUCGCCGACCCUGCCGUCGCUGCAACCACCACGGGCAACGCACAGCUGCCUUCCAGGCCACUUGACAAGAUGGAUGAAGCCGCUGGCAGGGUAGACAGAAGCCUAUCGCCACUUGCGAACGGCACCUCAUUGCCGAAUGGCACGAAGGAAGCUUUAAACGGCCUCACCUCCCCCUCAACUGAAAAAGAACCCAAACCGGCUGCCGAGACUACAUCAUCCAAUUCAUUUCUUACACGGGCCAAUGAAGUAGAAACUUCGUCCUCUCUUCCAAAGGCGGACACCCUCGAUGAGGAAAAGAAGACAAAACCCACAGAAAGCGAGGCCAAUUUGCGAAACGAACUAUCUGCCCCAGACACAGCUACAGAGGUGGUGACCUCUCUCGUACCUCAAGGGGAACAAGUAAUGCCUCAAGUAGAAAAGGCUGAGGAUAAGCCGCUCUCUCAGCCGAUCUCUCCGCCUGCGACGGCGCCCGUGGUCGAACCAAAUGAAACCCAAUCCUCCGCACCUGCUCCUACUCUUUCCACCAGUCAAGACCAGACCAUGGCAGAGGCUCCACCUUUGUCGCCGACAAAGAUGUCGCGGGAACGGGAAGAGGAUGAGGCAGAUGAACCAGCAGCUAAACGCACCAAGACCGAUGCUAUCACCCCUCCCCAAGCUGAGUUUAAGGUCCCCGACCUACCACCACCAGCCUCCACCGCCAUCACACCCUUACAAAAUAAGUUUUUUAUCCGCACUCUUGCAGCCUUGAAGAGAACGCACGAUGCGCGAUUCUUCAGAGUGCCUGUUGACCCAGUCAAGCUUAACAUUCCUAAUUACCCAACUAUCAUCAAGGAACCCAUGGAUUUACACACUAUGGAGGACAAGAUCAAGAGCGGAGCUUACAAGACGGUUGACCAGAUUACCGCGGACUUCAAAUUGAUGAUUGACAACUGCAUCACGUUCAACGGCCCGGAACACGUGGUGACUGUUGAAGGUAUGCGGCUCAGAGAUAACUGGGAACGUCAUCUUACCAAACUUCCGAGUCCAAGCGAGGUAGAACCUACCGCCGCCGAAAAGAAGGCCAAAAAGGCGAGUACAGCUCCAACCAAGACACAACCAGCACGACGAGAAUCCCAAGCAAAAGCAGCAGCACCCAAAGUUGCCAACGCCACCUCGCCAACUACUUUCGCUCUCGGUCCCGAAGGUCUUCCCCUAAUCCGCCGUGACUCUAACACGGUUGAUGGCCGUCCGAAACGAUCCAUCCAUCCUCCUAAGAACCGAGAUCUUCCCUAUAGCACAAAACCAAAGAAGAAGAAAUUCCAUUGGGAGCUCAAGUUCUGUGAGGAAGUUAUCGAUGAGUUACAUAAGCCUAAGCAUUAUAACUUUGCCGCCCCUUUUUACCAGCCCGUCGACCCCGUUGCGCUGAAUAUUCCCACGUAUCACAAUAUUAUCAAGAAACCAAUGGACCUCUCGACCAUCAGGACAAAACUCCAAACCGGGCAGUAUGAGAAUUCUAAGGAAAUGGAGAACGAUGUUCGGCUUAUGUUCAAGAACUGCUACAAGUUUAACAUACCUGGGGACCCAACUUACAAUGCUGGUAAAAAACUUGAGGAGAUUUUUGACUACAAGUGGGGUCAGAAAGCCCGUUGGCUCGAGACACACGAUCCUGCAUCCGCUCACCAAAGUGACAGUUCAGACAACGAGAGCAGUGAGGGCGAGGAGAGCAAUGACGAUGAACAACAUGAAAAACUACAGAUCCUACAAAAACAGAUUGCAGAGAUGUCCAAGCAAGUCGAAGCGAUCCGUCAAAAGAAGAAGAAAACUCCUCCAGGACCUUCAAAGAAAGCCAGCAAGGCCAAGCCCGGUAAAAAGGAUAACAAAAAAGGCGCACCAUCGCGAAAGGAUAAGAAGGGUGGAUCCAAGUCGACCAAAUCAUCAGAAAAGCAACGCUGGAUUACCUAUCGUGAGAAACAAAUCAUAUCCCAUGGUAUCAGCACUCUUCCCGAGAACAAGGUACAGGACGCACUGCACAUCAUCCAAUCCAAUGUGCCUUCGCUUAAGGGAACUGAUCAAGCUGAGGUCGAACUCGACAUUGACGAACUCCCGAAUAACGUGCUAGUACUAUUGUUGAACUUCGUCAAGAAGCAUGCUCCGCAAUCCUUCGAAUUUGACGAACCGGCGCCAGAGCCCCUUCCAACUGCCGUCCCCGCAAAGCCUAAGAAAAACAAGCCUAUGAAUGCCCAUGAGCAGGAGGCGCAAAUAGGCCGCCUCGCUGGUACACUUUCGAAAUUCCAGGGUGGCGCCCAGUCUUCUGACCCAAUUCAUUCUGAAGCCGCUCGUGAAAGCAGUGACGAUGAUGACUCUGAAGAGAGCGAGGAAGAGUAAAUGAUCAUCCGCUCUCCCAAAAAAAUUAAAAAUAAAAAUAAAAAUAAAAAAACACAGCACGAUAAUGCCUUUAUGCACCUUUUACACUGCCACAAUCGCUGUGCUCCAUCAACGGUUUCAACUUUCCACUACAUGAUCCACACCUUUUUCUAUCCACAGCGUUAGUGGACCAUUACAACUGGCAAAUGGUCCUGCUGUUUCGAUAAUACCAAGUUGCCUCCUCUUGCCGUCCGUUGGAUGCAUCUUCGCCUGCGUUAUUCCCUUGCACUGUGUAAUU